CCGCGCGCACCGCUUCCGCCGCCACCCCCUCCAGACCUCCCAGGGCUGCCGGCUCAUGCCCUCUCUGCGCCCGGCGCUGCUUAGAGCCGCCCGCGCCGCUCUGCUGCUGUCGCCACCGCCCCGGCUCCCAGCCCAGCCGCCGCUCCUGCCCUGCCGGCACAUCAACACGCCCGCCCGCGCCCCGAUCUCGUUCCCCGCCGCCUCCGCCGCCGCCUCGCGGAGCAGCAUGGACGGCGUCGGGACUGAGGAGGUGCUGGCACCUCUUAGGCUAGCGGUGCGCCAGCAGGGAGACCUUGUGCGAAAACUGAAAGAAGAUAAAGCACCCCAAGUAGAUGUAGACAAAGCAGUCGCUGAGCUCAAAGCCCGGAAGAGGGUUCUGGAAGCAAAGGAGCUAGCGUUACAGCCCAAAGAUGAUGUGGUAGACAGAGCAAAAAUGGAAGAUACCCUGAAGAGGAGGUUUUUCUACGAUCAAGCUUUUGCUAUUUAUGGAGGUGUUAGUGGCCUCUAUGACUUUGGGCCAGUUGGAUGUGCUUUGAAAAACAACAUUAUUCAGACCUGGAGGCAGCACUUUAUCCAAGAGGAACAGAUCCUGGAGAUUGAUUGCACCAUGCUCACCCCCGAGCCAGUUUUAAAGACCUCUGGCCACGUAGACAAGUUUGCUGAUUUCAUGGUGAAAGAUGUCAAAAAUGGAGAGUGUUUUCGGGCUGACCAUCUGUUGAAAGCUCAUUUGCAGAAAUUGAUGUCUGACAAGAAGUGCUCUGCUGAGAAGAAAUCAGAGAUGGAAAGUGUCUUGGCCCAGCUUGAGAACUAUGGACAGCAAGAACUUGGAGAUCUUUUUGUGAACUAUAACGUAAAAUCCCCCAUUACUGGAAAUGAUCUGUCCCCACCAGUGUCUUUUAACUUAAUGUUCAAGACCUUCAUUGGGCCUGGAGGAAACAUGCCUGGGUACUUGAGACCAGAGACUGCGCAGGGGAUUUUCCUGAAUUUCAAACGACUUUUGGAAUUCAACCAAGGAAAGUUGCCUUUUGCUGCUGCCCAGAUUGGAAAUUCUUUCCGAAAUGAGAUCUCCCCUCGAUCUGGACUGAUCAGAGUCAGAGAGUUCACAAUGGCAGAAAUUGAGCACUUUGUCGAUCCCAGUGAGAAAGACCAUCCCAAGUUCCAGAAUGUGGCCGACCUGCACCUUCAUUUGUAUUCGGCGAAAGCCCAGGUCAGCGGACAGUCUGCUCGGAAAAUGCGCCGAGAUGCUGUGGAGCAGGGUGUGAUCAACAACUCAGUAUUAGGCUAUUUCAUCGGCCGCAUCUACCUCUACCUCGUGAAGGUUGGCGUAUCUCCAGAUAAGCUCCGCUUCCGACAGCACAUGGAGAAUGAGAUGGCCCAUUAUGCCUGCGACUGUUGGGAUGCUGAGUCCAAAACAUCCUAUGGCUGGAUUGAAAUUGUCGGAUGUGCUGAUCGUUCCUGUUAUGACCUUUCUUGUCAUGCAAGAGCCACCAAAGUCCCACUUGUAGCUGAGAAACCUCUGAAAGAGCCCAAGACAGUCAAUGUUGUUCAGUUUGAACCCAAUAAGGGAGCAAUUGGUAAAGCAUAUAAGAAGGAUGCAAAGCUGGUGAUGGAGUACCUGGCCAUUUGUGAUGAAUGUUACAUUACAGAAAUGGAGAAACUACUGAAUGAAAAAGGGGAAUUUACCAUUGAGACUGAAGGGAAAACAUUUCAAUUAACAAAAGACAUGGUCAAUGUGAAGAGAUUCCAGAAAACACUACAUGUUGAAGAAGUUGUCCCGAGUGUCAUCGAGCCCUCCUUUGGCCUGGGCAGGAUCAUGUACACGGUAUUUGAACAUACAUUCCACGUCCGCGAGGGAGAUGAACAGAGAACGUUCUUCAGUUUCCCUGCCGUCGUAGCUCCAUUCAAAUGUUCCGUCCUUCCACUGAGCCAGAACCAGGAGUUCAUGCCAUUUGUCAAGGAAUUAUCGGAAGCCUUGACCAGGCACGGUGUGUCUCACAAAGUAGACGAUUCCUCUGGGUCUAUCGGAAGACGCUAUGCCAGGACUGAUGAGAUCGGCGUGGCUUUUGGCAUCACCAUUGACUUCGAUACGGUGAACAAGACCCCUCACACGGCAACCCUGCGGGACCGAGACUCCAUGCGGCAGAUAAGAGCAGAGGUCUCCGAACUGCCCAGCGUGGUCCGCGACCUGGCCAAUGGCAGCAUCACGUGGGCCGAUGUAGAGGCCAGAUAUCCUCUCUUUGAAGGUCAAGAAACUGGGAAAAAAGAGACAAUCGAAGAAUGAGGACAUUUUUGGCAACUUCUGGCCAUUUUCGCUAAUAAAAGAGUAACUCUUACCAUGUCCACUUUACAAAAAAGCAGCAUCGCAAUUCCUCCCGGUGACUGCGUUUCAUCCUCAGUGGCUGCCUGAUCUUACUUCCACAAUUAAAGUUGAAGGAAUUCCAAACAAACCUGUAGUCCAGUUGCUCGUGGUUCGGCGUUUUCAGCAAAGCUGUUUCUCCUCCCUUUGUUUAUACCCUCAUGGCUUUAUGUUAAACGCAAUUAAUAUGUUUAAAAAUUAACCUUACUCAUAAAACCGUAAAAUUCA